GCUUGUUGAUUUUAGAGUUUCGGCGCGAAAACAGCACAAUCAUAACAGCUCAAAGACAGCCCCUCGCUGACUACUCGCUGUUGUAUACCUUUUUAUAGAAAAUUUAAAAAGUGGAUUAUUAGGCUGCAAACAAUGGCAACAAAAUUCAGCGACAAAUUUAUAUGCGUUGCUAAUACUUUGCAAACAUUACAGGAUAAUUUACAAUGUGUCAUAUGCUUAGAAACGUUAAAACAGCCUGUAAGCACUCGUUGUGGACACACCUUUUGUCAGCCCUGCAUCAGUCGAGUUGUGAAAGGUAAAAAUGCUGUCUGUCCCUUGUGUAAUGCCCGAGUCAAUCGUCGAGGCAUUGUCGAAAAUGAAAAAAUUAAAAGUCUUGUCCAAGCUGUUCAUGUCUUGAUGUCCAGUGCUCAAAAGGAUGCUGCAGAGAUGGGCUGUGAAAACCUUUUGGAUUUAGCUAAGGAGUUCAGAAACUCUUCUCGAGAAUCCUCAUCUCCUACUGGAAAUGUAAAUGCUGCCGUUGCCACUGAUUCGGGAACUAAAAUGGUUCCACCUAAAACUUCUAAAGUUGAAACAUGGCUAAUGUGUAUGUCUCCAACUCGUCCAACUCAAGAUUCUAGUCCCACUAUUCAUGCAGAUAACACACCUAAUGAAGAAUCUGACCCUGAAAUGGUCUCAGUGUCACAAAUCAAGCCUGAGACCUCUGUGUCUUCGAAAAUAAAGCCGUUGUCAGCGUGCAUUGAAGAGGAUGUUGACGCAGAUGAAGGAAAUUCAAAACAGUUCAAUUUUAAGCCAAAACCUGCCUCCAAAGGUCGAGCUGCCCCAAAAAAUAUUUCAAUUAAAGGGAAAGGAAAGCAAGAAUCGAUCACAAAUUUCUUAGGCAAAUCAAAACCAUGUAAAUCUAAGCCAACAACAUCUGUGUCCAGCACUGCCAGUAGCUAUACCAUCACAAAAUAUCCUGAUCUUAAAGUUCCUGAUCCUGUAGUUGUCAUUCUCAACAGAGAAAAAGAAAAUACAACCAAUCCUCUUCCUCCACGGUCACCUGGUUGGUCACGUAUUAAUAAAAUGAAGAAAGAUUUCAGCCAUCCAUCAAAAGUGCUUAAAGUGGUCAAUUCAAAGGGUGGUAAUUCGCCAAUACCAGUUAUUGAAGAUGGUGGCAGUGGUGAUGAUCAGCCCUGUUUUAGUCUCUCUUUAGAUAGUCCAGUAUUAAAGAAACGAGCCAAAAUGAAUGAAAUUGUCACCAACCUUGAAAGUGAAAUAAUAAUUUUUGAAAAGUCAGUUCAUAAAAAAGAGAAUAAGAGAAGUGAACAAAUGUUUCAGCCUAGCACUAGCACAAGGAGCAAUCAUCAGCAGCCGGUAGGUUCAAAGGUGUCUUCUGUUCAACCAAGAGUACGAUUUUAUAAACUAGGACCAUUUAUUGCAAGAAAACAACAAAGAGUACCCAUUUACCUGAAGGGCCCUCUUGAACGUGCAGAUUUUUUUGAUGUUUCAUCAAUGGGAUAUCGACUACUUGUGGAUGCAGAAACUCAAACCAGCCCCAAGUCAGAAAAGAUCGCUCAGUUUACGGUGCCCAACCCUCAAGAUACUCUUUCAAGUCCACCCCUUCACGCUAGAAGUCAGCACAGAAAAAGUUCAGAAUAUGAUGUUGACAUGAUGGAUGCUGAAACAGUUGUUUUUACCCAGCCACUAAGACGUUCUGAUAUGGUCAUUCCAGAAACUCUAUCUCAUGAUGAAAUGAUAGAUUCUGGAGAACCUGUGGACUUUGAGAGUGCCCUAGAAAGGGACAAAUCCUUGUCUCAAAUAUCAGAGAUAUUUUUGAAAGGAAAUGACCCAAUCAACAUUUUGUCAGGCAGCAGACAGUUGUCUCAAGAGUCUGUGUCAGUUGUGUGUUCUCCAAACAUUGAAAACAGCCCUAAAAAAAUAUCAGACUUAGAAUCUCAAUCAGUUAUAAAUCCUACAAUAGACCUUGAUGACUCAUGCUCUAGUGUGUUAGAUGGGAAAAGAUCCAAAAGAAUACGUUCAUUGGCAACCUCAAGUGAAUCGUCAGAUUCUGAAGUAGGUGCUUCCAAAACAAAAACUAAGAAAAAGAAGAGGAGUAAACAGCCAGUACUUUCUGAUAAUGAAGAUAGUUGUAAUAAUCAGUUAGAUAUUAGUAUUGUGGACACUGAAAAAAUCAUGGCCAAUAUUGAGGCUGAACUUGAGGAAUCAGCAAGACCAGGAUCUCCUGUUUGGAUUCAACAGGACUCCAACAAAACCAUUUUACCUAUGGAACAAACGUCUACUAAUCCUCAAACUUUUGAUGAAAAUCUAGAUGUGUUAUCUGACACAUCUGCAACUCAGAUUGAUAGUGAUGCAGAUUCAGAGUUGAUUAAUCCAACUCCACAAAAGCAACCAUCAUUUUUAUCAAGGACAGUCACUCAAUCAGAUGACAUAGUUCCGAGUUCUCAGCCUUCUGGCGGAAGUCCUCCCCUCCAAGUAUCAGUGUUGCAAGCUACUUCCACGGACUUGCCAGAAAAAGAGUCUCCAUGCAUUCCUUCAGUAGAUCCAAAAGAUCAGAAGGAGAACACAAUUCUUGAUGAGAUAUGCAUAACUGGAAAUAGAGAACAUGUUGUGGAGCCUAUGAGCUUAAACACAAGUUCUCCAGCCAUAUCACUGGCUGUAAAACCAGUAUUCGUAUGCAGCAGUAUUCCAGCAAAUAUGAGCUCACAGGUGGAGAAGCUUGCAAAAAUGGUUGGUGGUGAAUUUUCAUCUAAGUUCUCUAAUAACACAACCCAUCUAAUUGUUAGAGUGGAAGAAGGCAACAAAGCUGACAAAACUUUGAAAUAUUUGUCAGCUGUUGCUUGUGGAAAGUGGGUUGUUACAUUUCCAUGGGUUCAGAAAUGCUUAGAAUCUAACAAGUUGAUUCCAGAGGAACCUUAUGAAGCUUUUGACACUACUGGUGAACCAGGCCCACGUCGAUCAAGAGAAGCUCGUCAAUCUGGGCAGAAGCUGUUCGGUGGCUUUGAAUUUUGUUGUAUUGGUGAUUUUCUUGAUCUCUCCAAGUCUCAGUUAGAGGAACUUCUUGUCGAGUGCGGAGGGUCAGUAGUAUCUAAGCCAACUGAAUUUUCAUUUCAAGACCGCAUUAUACCUAUAUGCUUAGCUCAGUGGGAAGAGGAAAAAGAGCAGGAAUAUUCUUCAUGGUUGGACAAAUACAGCAGUCCUCUCAUCCAACAUGAAUGGGUUUUGGAUUGUAUUGGGAAAUUCUCUGUGACAUCUUUUGCGCCUAUGUUGCUGUGUGAUGUAACCGACGAUGUCUUGACAUCAAUGGGAAUACCACCUCCCCUCUUUGAAUUCACAGAAACUGAUCAGGAUCAGUAAUAAUACAAUAAGAUUUGCUAUUACAGUGUUUGAAGUUUCCACUCAUAAUACCUUUUGGGGAACAUAACUUUCAUCUGAUUUGCCUUUUAUCCACUUGUUAUGUUCCGUCUUCACUUCUCUGUCAAUAUUCAUAGUCCAGAUUUGUUCUAUAUGAACUCUCAUGGCAGCAAAGGAGGCUCAUCUGGAUCUUUUGUUCUCAUAGUAUGUAUGUGAUAAUGUCUUGUUUCCUUCUUAAUUAAUGUAUAUGUUCAUAGUUUAUGAAUUUUAAUAUUUGCAUGAUAUAUAUCCCUUGUUUGUUUUGCAUACAUGAUGCUGUUUGUAUGUUUUGUACAUUUUAUUUUAAAAAUUGCUCUGCGGGUUUAUUUUAGAGCACACACUAAAUUUGGAUUAUGUUAUUUAUUGUUAGAAUGUUAUGAAUUACCAUGCACAAUGCAUUAAGUUAUCCAUCCAAGUAGAAUGAAUCUUUCUACUUUAAAACUUGAGACAAGCUUAAGGAUUACAAAAAGUCAUUCUCAGUUGUAUAAACAAAGCUUUAUUUAUUUACUUAUAAUAUACGAAACUUCUAUCACAAUUAAAUGUGUACCUCGUCUUGUUCACAUAUGUGCUAUAUAUUUCUAAUCCAAUCAAUAAAUGUUAUGUAUAAAAUUUGAAUUGUAAAAAUAUAUAAUUGUAAUAAUAAUAAUAAUAUUCAUUUUCUUUCAAUAAA